GAUUUGAUGUGACGGGGAAUCUUGAAAAAUUUUGGGAACUAAACAAGGCCUAAGCAUGUGACUGCCAUUCCUCUCCCAACGCGAUUUUCAUGGUGCCUUCAUCAAUUUGUCAGGUGAGGGAAACGAUACCUCUGCAGGCUCCUAUAACAGCAUGCAAGGCCACCGUCUUUUUACCUUUUGCAGCCACCAAGCAUCUGAGCCUACAUGGACAAAUGACACCACUAGACAGCAUGCAGCGUUGGGGGCUUGGGGCUGCUCUAACUGCAACAAGGAAGUUCGUCAUGUUCUCCAAGUACUACUGCAUUGCAGACUGUGCUGGCCCAUCGAAUGUCUUCUGAACCAUGAUGACAGGAUUCUCCACAACCAAUGGAGUUCCGAGCUUCUUGACUCACGUAUGGGCCUUUUCUGGGCCGAGCGCAGGGUGGGCCGCGGCCCACAGGGCGGAGGCUGGAAGCCCAACUGGCUCUAUACCUUACAAAAAGCCCAGAGCCUGUUAUUUUGCACGGGCCGUGCAACCGAUAGAGCCCACUAAGCUAAACCCUAAUUAAUAGCCCUUUGCGGUUGCAGCCCGACUUCUGUUCCUUACCACCGAUCGCCGCAACGCAGCCGUCGCCACCAUCGCCGUUCGCCGGGCCCGGCAGGAUGUUCCUCACACCCGAGCAGCAGGCCGCGGGCGCCGCAUCGUGCACGUCCAUCUGCUCCACCUGCGGCGUCGUGGCGCCGAAUCCGGCCAACACGUGCGCGCGCUGCCUCCGCGCGCGCAUGGCCAUCGCGGAGAGCGUGCCGCGCCACAACGACGUGGUGCGCUGCCCGGCGUGCUCCUCGUACCUCAGACCCCCCCGGUCGUGGAUCAGCGCCGCACCGGACUCGGACGAGCUCAUGCAGAUCCUCCUCCGCCGCGUCGACCGCCACACCGCCCGCCACGGGGUCGCGAUCGCCGCCGCGGAGUUGGUCGCCGUCCCCACCGAGCCGCCGCACUCCAACUCCAAGCGCCUCGUGCUCCGCGUCCGCGUCCGAGUCCGCCGCGAGACCACCCACGGCGUGACUGUGGAGGAGGACCACGUCGCGGAGUUCGCCGUCCACGACCGCCUCUGCGACGCCUGCGGCAGGGCCCGGGCACUGGCCGCUGGCCCCGACCAGCAGUGGUCCGCCGUCGUGCAGGUGCGGCAGCGCGCGUCGCACCGCCGCACGCUCAUCCACCUCGACCAGCAGAUCGUCAGGCACGGCGCCGCGGACUCGGCUGUCCGCGUGGACGGCAGCUCGGGGGGCCUCGACUUCUACUUCGCGUCGCGCUCUCACGCCGCGCGCCUCGUCGAAUUCGUCUCGUCCGUCGCGCCCGCCCGCGUCGUCGGCACCGCGAGGCACCGCGCCUCGCCAAACAGUUUCAAGGACGCAUACUCCGUGGAGCUCUGCGCGAUUUGUCGCGACGACCUCAUCUUCCUUCCCAGGGAGGCGUGCCGCGCCCUCGGCGGCCUGGGGCCGCUCGUCCUCUGCGUCAAGGUCAGCAAGUCGAUAGCGCUGCUGGACACCAACACGAUGCGCCUCGCCGUGAUGGGCAUCGCGGAGUACGACCGUUACAUGUUCGAGCCCCUGCUCAGCAGCAGCCGCCUGGUGGAGUACGUCGUGCUCGACGUGGAGCUGGACCAUCGUGAAGUCCACGUCUCGGUGCUCGUGCACGGCUCGCCGUACCUGAUGUCAUGGGUGCAGGUCGCCCGCGCGUCGGACUUGGGCAAGAACGACACCGUCUUCACCGUGAAGACGCAUAUCGGCUGGCGGCUGAACCCUGGGGACUAUGUGCUAGGGUACGACCUCUGCAACGUCAACAAUCAGGACCUGGAGAGCUAUGGGCAGCGCCACGAGUUACCUGACGCAGUGCUUGUCAAGAAGAAGUACAAGAGGAGCGCCGGUAAGAUGAUGCAGGAGCAGGACGGCAGCGGCAGCGAAGGAAUCUGCGCUGAGAUUGAAGAACUUGCCAUGGGUAUUGGAUGCAUUGAGCUGAAUCCUUCCGAUGAGAAGGAGCUCGAUGAGCUGCUCGAGGACCUCUCCAUUUGAUUGGCUGUGACAUGCGAGUGUUGCAUGCAUUGCAUAGAAAUAAUAUGGCAGUAUGCGUGCUCUGACUGUACAGUACGUCUUAUCUCAUCUAUCCAAAUUGACGGGAAUUCGCUUAUUCAUUUAGCA